AUGGCGCAAGAAGUCCGCAUCUGCGUCUGCGGCGACGAGGGGACCGGCAAGUCCAGCCUGAUCGCAUCGCUCGUCAAGGAUGUCUUCAUCACGAACAAGAUCCAGGCUGUGCUGCCCCAGAUCACUAUCCCGCCCAACAUCGGCACGCCGGAGAAUGUCACAACAACCAUUGUCGACACGUCUGCGCGCCCGCAGGACCGCACCACGCUGCGUAAGGAGAUCCGCAAGUGCAACGUCAUCUUGCUCGUCUACGCCGACCACUACAGCUACGAGCGCGUUGCCCUGUUUUGGAUGCCCUACUUUCGCUCCCUCGGCGUCAAUGUCCCCGUGGUUCUGUGCGCCAACAAGUCCGACCUGACCGCUGCAGCCACGGGUGCGGCGGCCCCAGCCACGGGCCCGGCAGCGCCGUCUGGUGGUGUGCCAGCCUCGGGCGGCAACAGCCCCGGGAGCGACGACCAGCUGGCGCAGGUGCUCGAGGAGGAGAUGGUGCCUGUCAUGCAGGAGUUCCGCGAGAUCGACUCAUGCAUCCGUGCCAGCGCCCGCGAGCACCGCAACGUCAACGAGGUGUUUUUCCUGUGCCAGAAGGCCGUCACCCACCCCAUCGCCCCGCUCUUCGACUACAAGGAGGGCAACCUCAAGCCCGCGUGCGUGGCCGCCCUCCGCCGCAUCUUUUACCUCUGCGACAAGGACCAGGAUGGCUACCUCAACGACCGCGAGAUGCACGCCUUCCAGGAGACCGCCUUCAACAAGGCUCUGUCGCCCGAGGACUUGGCCAGCAUCAAGCUGACGCUCGCCAAGGCCGCACGCGGCGGAGGCACCGACAACGGCAGCGGUCGCGGGGAUACGACGACCGGGUCUCGGCGAGGCGGCGGGCCUGCACGCGGGACCUCGUCUACGGCGGCUACAGGCUCGCGGCCCGUGUCCAGCAACGGUAGCAGCAGCACGCUCGGGCGCAGCGCGGCAGCUGCGUCGGCGUCAGCGGCGGCCUCCGAACUCGUCGACCGCGGCAUUGACCUGGCGGGAUUCCUGCAGCUGAACCGCAUCUACGCCGAAAAGGGCCGCCACGAGACCAUCUGGGUCAUCCUGCGCCAGUUCCACUACACCGACAGCCUGAGUCUUGCAGACAGCUUUUUGCACCCGCGCAUUGACAUUCCCGACUCCGCCUCUGCCGAGCUCAGCCCCGCCGGCUACCGCUUCUUCAUGGACCUCUUUUUGCUCUUUGACAAGGACAACGACGGCGGGCUCAACGACGAGGAGCUCGCCGCCCUGUUCGCGCCCACCCCCGGCCUGCCCGCGUCCUGGGUCGAGGCCGACUUCCCCGCAUCCACCGUGCGCAACGAGGCCGGCCACAUUACGCUGCAAGGCUGGCUGGCCCAGUGGAGCAUGACGACGUUCCUGGAGCCCAAGACCACGAUGGAGUAUCUGGCCUACCUGGGAUUCGAGGCGCCCGGCGCCAAGGGCCUCGCUGCUGGCCCCACGGCUGCGUUCAAGAUCACCAAACCGCGCAAGCGCCGCCGGCGUCCGGGCCGUGUGGACCGCAACGUCGUGCUGUGCUACAUUGUGGGUGCACCCGGUGCUGGCAAGUCGUCACUGCUCGAUGCAUUCUUGGGCCGCCCCUUUGACCCGCUGCACCGCCCCACCAUACGGCCGCGCCGUGCCGUCAACAGCGUCGAGCUCGAGGGCGGCAAGCAGUGCUACCUGAUCCUCGAGGAACUCGGCGAGCUCGAGCCCGCCGUGCUCGAGAACCAGGCGCGCCUCGACCAGUGCGACCUGCUCUGCUUUGCCUACGACUCGUCCGACCCGGACUCGUUCAGCCACCUCGUCGAUCUGCGCAACCGCAACGGCCAUUUGCUCGACGAGCUGCCGGCCGUCUACGCCGCGCUCAAGGCCGACCGCGACAAGACGACCCAGCGCAGCGAGCAGCAGCCCGAUGCCUACACGGCGACGCUGCGGAUGAGUGCCCCGCUGCACGUCAGCGCCACCUGGGAGAGCAUCAGCAAUCUGUUUGUGUCGCUGGCCGAGGCCGCCACGACGCCCAGCCUUGCCUUUCCCAAGAGCGAAGAGCCCGCCGCCGACCGUACGAGCCUUUACGUGGCCCUCGGCGCCGUGGCAUGUGCCGCCGCUGCCGCCUUUAUCAUGCAAGAACACCCACAAGGCCAGACCACAGACGUGGGAAAGAGGGGCAAGGCACGGCCCAGACAGCCAGCCACCCACCAAAAGGACCCAACCGAUGCUGAACGGCCGCCUCUGAGUGGUCGGCGCUUGCACUAUUUGUGGGGUAACGAACGACCCAGCUCCUCACGCCUUGCCCUGUUCGACAGCGCCAGAAGGGCAUUCUGGCACCUUCCCAAAAAUGACCUAUCCGCAGCGAGGCAGGCACAACCCUGGGACAAUCCCGAAUCAACCGCCCAAAGACCAGACGGGGAAGUAGCAACGGACGGCGGCGGGUUAACACUUUCUUUGCCCUCUCGUCGUGAUCUUAUUUUGCCCUCAACAACAAAUAUCCAUCCACCAACCGACAACAUCGACACCCGCCCAUUCUGUGCCUCAACAGCGCCUAUCUCGGCUUUACCAGCGACGCUUGCGAUAACGUGUGCAUGCACUCCUUGGUCUGACCCUGGUGCGGAGACAUUUCGGUGUGGUGUCGUCCAUAUUCCGUACAGUAUUAACGGACGAAUUGCAACCGACCCAAUUCGACGACGAAUCAACCGACGACUUGAACGACAGCUGGAGAGCACCGCAAACAAAACAGCGGACAGACUGUCUGGCUCGUGCGACCAACUGCAGGGACAGCCUUACUGCGGUGUCCCCCUCGAACCAAGUCACGGCGUCCGCCAUCGCCGACGAUCAUUGAAACCAUUAUCGCAACGAUCGGCAGCAGACUGA